UUGAUAUACAGUUGGUGUUUUUCACUGAAAUCUUCAUUUGAUAUUUUAAAGUAUUUAUAAUUAUUUUUCAACAAUGGACUGGCGUUACAUGUUAUCCGUGUCACCACACAAUGUGACCCACGAUAGAACCGACGAAUUGGCGGCGAAUUUAUCUGCUAUUCCAACAGAUCAAAAAAUGGAUAGCAAAGGUUGCAAAAAACUGUUUAGGCUUGCCCAGGUGGUACUACGCUUCCGUAAUGAGCAGGUUACACAGUUGAAGGUGGAAGUCGACCGGUUGACGCGGCAGAACGAGCAAAGAGAAAUGCGAGACUCUUCGGCAGAGGAACUGUUCCGCGAACAGAUAAAUGAACUGAAGCGCACCGUCGAAAAGCUGGAAGUGGAGAAACACGCAAACCGUGCGAAAAUUAAGGAUAUGACGGAAGAAAUCGUUUCACUGCAGCGAAAACUUGCCGAAAGUAGUCAUUUCGGCAGCGAGGGUGAGGAUUCGCCAGAUGCUCUAUCGGAGAUUGAUCGACAGCAGGAGCUGUACAACAAUAUCAGUAUGAAAAACAAGCACAUUAAGCGCCUACUGCGGGACAUAGAGGAUCUGGACAGACGGAACAACUUUCAGAUUGAUACGAUCAACAGUUUGCAGAUCAGUUUGAACGAUGCGACGAAGAAUUUGACCGCAUUGACGCAUCAGUACGAGGAGUCGAAGAUAGUGAUAAGAGACCAAGGAAAUAGGUUGGAAGAAGCAAGCGAAAAAAUAAAGAAGCUAGAUGAGGAGGUUAGCAUGUUGGCAGAGGAAAAAACUAGAUGCGAAGAUGACUUGGAAGAUUUUGCAAAGCGGUUGGAGGCAAAGACUACACAAUGGAAAGCGGUAUUGGCUACGAAACAAGGUGAAAUAGAGGAGCUGCAAUCAAAGUACUCGGCCUUACUGGAACAGUUUCCGGGUUAUGACAUCGAAAGAGAGCGAAAAGAAUUCAAACAGAUGGUAUCGAGGCUCAGUGAAAAGGACCAGAUUAUAGAACAGUUAGAACAGAAGAUAACAAUGCUUUCGCAGGAAAUUAUUGCAUCAACGGAGUUGAUGAAUAGAAUAUCACAGGAAAAAGAAAGCACAGGUAAAGAAGCGGCCAAGGUAAGUCAGUGUUGUGAGGAGAGUCGCGUUUCAUUGGAUAAGGCCCACAAACGAUGCGAGGAGAUGCAGGAGAUACUCACGAGUGUGGAGGAAGACAACAUGUUGAAGUCAAAGCAGGCUGUGGAAGCAAUUGAGGCGUUAAGAAGAUACGAAAGUGGAGAGGAUGGACUGUCGAGCUCGUUGAAGAAAAUCAAUAGGCUUCAUGAGAAGGUCAACGUCAGAGAUAAGCAGAUACGGGAGCUGAUCGCAGAAAUAAAUUUGGCAAAUGAAAUAGCAUUGGAGAAUGCUGUGCUUAGGAAACGAUUAGGAAUUAGCGAAGAUGAACCGAUCCCUACUCAUUCCGUUCUGUCCAAACAGAGAAAAAUUGAGAAAGUGAACGAAAGGCUUGCACUUAAACUGCGUGCUUCGGAGGAAAUGCGUCUUCAGUUAAAGCUAGAGAAGAAUGAUUUGAAGAGAAAACUGUUUCAAAUGUCACAAUCUCUGGGUAGUCAGAGAGGAUCGGACAAAGAGAAAAGUGAUGAACUGGUUUUGGAAAAUGGAGAAACUGUCAAAGACAGCGAGCUGGUAUCGGUCGAUGUUGAGGAUGAGUCUAAAAUUAGUGAUCUUGGGGCCGUAAAGUUUUGCGAGAAGUGUAUGAAGCAGUACAAUAUUGUCGAUAGCAUGAAAUAUUGCAAAGCGUGCAUCUUCCGACAAAAUUUCAACUAUUGCGAUGGGUGUAUAAAAAAACUGAAGGUCAACUUCAACGAAGAUGAAGCUUCCAACAGUAGAGGUGAUCAACGUAUGGAGGAGCUAGAGAAGAAAUACACAGCAGUCGAAGAGGAGAAUGAAAACUUAAGAAUAGGAAUGCAUGAGAUACUACAAAAGCUGCGAGAUUACGAUGCUAUGUCCAACCAUCUAACGAUUGACACGACAACCCUAGAGAAGCUAAUUAAGGCCUUGAAUGCAAGAAGUUCCAGUGAGUGGUUUCAAUCGGAGCUGCAAUUACGAAAGGAACUUUUGGAGAGCAGAGAACGAUUCAAUCUGAAAAGUAAGCAAAGCACACUUUCGUUGACCAGUCGAGACGAUUCCGGAAACGUGUGUGACGAUGAAGACAAUAUCGUGGAUAUCGAUCAGGGAAUAGCUGCACAACCAGAUUUCAGUGAGCAAAUUCUGCUGAAAUCGGUGGAAAUUGACCGACUUAAUGAACAGUUGGAACUAUUGAAAGAAGAAAGGGAUAAUUUGCUUAAAUCGAACGAUGAAUUGCAAGUCACAAAAAAUCUGUAUGAUGAAUUGCUACAAUUUACCAGAGCAACAGAUAACGAAAAAGAUACACUACUGGUGAACACUCUGGAUCGAUUGAAACAGAUUGAGUCGAACAUCUUCAUAUUCCAACGGAAGAUCGAUUUCCUAAAAGCGGAAAACGAUAAUAUGUAUAAUACGAUGCGAUCGCUUAAAUUGGAUCACCUGAAUGUUUUGCACGGACUAAAGUUCGAGCUGGCUCAAAAGACUGGAGCUCUUAAAAGGUUAGAGCAAUCAACACACAAUACUGAAACGCACAGUAGUAGUCAGGACUCGGAAUCCGUUGAACGAUUAGAGAAGGAAAUAGAACGGAUGAAGCAAGAAACGACAAACUUUUACACUAUUUUUUUGAAAAACAUUCCCGAGGUUGACAGGGAGCAUCUGCUAGACUUCGAGUACGAUAGCUUGUCCCGGUUUGGCUUGGUUGAAUCUAAUUUGACCGUAGACUUUAUGCCAAAAGAUGAGUUUAAAAGAAUCAAGCAUCGACUGGCAGCAGCCGAAGAGGACUUGAAAAGGCAACAUAUCAAGGCUGGACAUUUGGGAGACCUUUUAAGAAUAUCACAAGAACAGAUUCAAUCGCAGCAAUCUUUAAUAUCGAAAUACUCGGAUGAAGAGAUUAGCUUAAGGCAUUUAGUAGCAGAUCUGCAGAGUUCGUCUAAUGAGAAGUACUUGCUGGUUAAAACCCAGAAGGAGUUGGAUGCUGCUAGGGAGCAAGAAGAACUACUCAAAUUGGACAAUGCUAGAAUGAAACAAUCCCUAUUAGGCGAAACGGCAAAAAUAGACAAAUUGAAGCAACAACUAGUGGAGCAGGAGUUAGACUUCAUAAACCAACAGAAGGAUAAUAACAUUAAAAUAAAGUUUCUGACACAAAGUGUAAAAAUUUUACACGAGAAUUAUAACUCGUUUACACCAACCUAUGCCGUGACGGAUUUUGUACAACAAUACACAAAACUGUUGGAACAGAAAAGAGAACUGUACCAGGAAAAAAUCCGCACUCAGAGUCAAAGUCGAGACGAAGAAUAUGAGCGGUUGUUUGCAAGGCUACGGGACAACCUAGAGAAUAGCCAAAUUCAGGAUAAAAUUAACUUGAUAAAGUUCGAAAGUCAGUGCGAAUACUUAACGAAACAGUUAAUCCUGUCACAAGAGCAAAUAGAGCAAUUCCAACAGGAAAAUUUAGCUCUUAAACUCAGGGAAGUAGAAACUACAAGACACUGGGAUACAAUCGAGCUAAUAUUCAAUGGCGAAGCGAAGGCAAACAAGCGGAAUGAUAUGUUCUUCGAUAAAGAAAUACAAGUAUCCGUCGAAAUCAGCCACAAAUGUAUCAACACAAUACCGAUCAUUGAUGGCAGUCUGGCGGAAAUACCUCGACAAGGUACGCCUCCAUCGAAACCGGCAGCCAAACAAGCCGUGAAAGAAACUGGUCAGAUGACGGAUCACGUAGAAGAAUCGACAGGAACCAGUAGCGUAGCACAGAAAUCACUUGAAUCACAGCUAAAACAAGCAAUGAUGUUGGCUUCGACCAGAAGUGCACUGCUGCUGGAAACGGAAAGCCGUCUAACCGAAUGCCACGGUAGGAUCAAACUACUCGAGAAGACUUUGGAAGAUAAGGAGGUGCAGUUGAAAAAGGAAAAAUCCAGUCAUACUGAAGCCAGUGGAGGCGAUACAAUGGGAGACGGUGUCCUUAGUUCUACGAUAGGAUCCUUGCAGAACCUUCUCCUGCAAAAAGAUACUACAUUAUCCAAGUAUCAGGAACUAUUGAGGAAUGAACGAGAGGAACACUCAAAAUCGUACGACGAGAACAUCUCUCAGAUCAGAUCACUGAAGAAGACGGUCGAUGAAUUGGAACAGAAGCAGUACGAUAAGCAGAAAGAGGUAGACAAUCUGACUACUCAGUUAAGAGAUUUGAAUGAGAAGCGAGCACAGCAGGAGGCGGAUGCAGCACAAGUUACCAAAACUGUUGGAGCAAGUUCCAACAAAACGGAACUUGUUUAUACGGACAACAUAAUAGAGAACAUUUAUGAGCUAGAUCAGAAGAAAGAGGAUGAAAUUGAAGCACUUAGAAUCCAAUUGAAGGUUAUGGAAAAUAAACUCCUCAAUGCGACUGGAGAAACCAAAUCGUUGCAAGGCCAACUGAAAGAGAGCACUGCCAAGGAAAAGAGAAUUGAGAUGACAUUACGAGAAAAAGAAGCAGAUAUUAGAAUGUUGAAUGAAAAACUUACCAGGGAGUAUGACGAUCUAAAAGAGUUCACUGAUAAUGUGGCUACUGCGCAGGAAGUAGAGCAAUUGAAAGAAAUGCUGGAGGAUAAGGAUCGACACAUACAGGAUCUCACGGAGACGCUUAGUCAAUUCCAUGAUGAUCAACAACGGUUUAUGACCGAUACUUCCCUACACUCGGCAGAACAAGUUUCGCAGUUGAGCGCAGACCUGAAUCGCAGCGAGGCAUCUAACCGUGUUCUCAAAACACAAAUCGAUGCUUUGAAACGACAAAUAAUCAGUAUCCAGCAACGCGAAAAACAGUCUCGGGACCUUGUGAAAACCCUGAAGAACCAGCUGAUCAAGCGACCGGUGAUAGCGAUGAAGCAAGAACGAAUACCCACCCCAAGAGAGGACCAGCUAGUUCGAAAGGUUCAGCAACUGGAAACGGAACUGUUGGACACAAAAGACGAACUGCGCAAACAGGUCAGUAUCAAUGAAAAUCGCCGGGCGAAGAAUGCGGCGGAGCUGGAUCUGUGGAACAAACAAAAGCGUUGGCAACAGAUAGCUGACAAACUGAAAAUUCAGCUGAAGGAUCGUGAGACUGAACUGGAGAAGUUGAAGGUUCACUUUAAUUCAGCAAAAGCUGCCAUUGUUCGCAUGGAGCGCGAGAAAGCAAUGGUUGAGGGCCGAAGCCUUCGAGGAAUUAGUGCGGGAUCAGGUGCAAGCGGUAAAUUUGGUUCUGCGAGUGAUAACAAGUACACUACAGCAGAGUCGCCAGACUGUUGCACGAGUGAAAGCACAGGUUCAGACGGAGCAAGCCCAGAGCUAAAUACGUUUGCCCAGAAUAGUAAAGAGAUCAUUGAUGCGUUGAAGAACCGGAUCGAAUCACAGCAGCGAAGGAUCAUCGCAAUGGAGCUGGAGCGGAAGGGAUCCAAUUCAAUGACCCAUGAAUUGGAAAGAAUGCAGGAAAAAAUAUCCAGCUUGGAAGCUCAAAAUAUUCGCCUGGAGGCAAAAUCACUUCAGCUACAACUGGACAACGACAUGUUGCGACAAAGUAACGAAUCUGACCGGUUGAGAAGUCAAACUAAGCACUUGGAAGACUACAUCAUCGUUCUGAAGGAAGAACUAACGAAGGCAACUACUGGAUGUCCAGAAACGAUCAAUUUCGACAACUUGUGCCAACGGUGCGCUCGUUCCAACGUUGGAGGCACAGCUACCACCAGUGAGCUAGCAAGUUACAACGCUAAAUUGGAGCAAACCGUUAUAGCACUGCGAAGAGUUGUUGAAAAGCUCAAAGUCGACAAUAAACAACUCAAGGAGGUGAAACCUAGCUCGGCAACUAGCUUAAAUGGCAAAAUGUCGAUAGAAGCUGUUAAAGAAAAUUACGAUCGUUUAAAAAGAGAGCAUGACAAACUUCAGCAGAAUUACAACGAAGCUCUGAAUCGAGUUGCAGCACUUCAGGUUGAGGUCGAGUUGCUUUCGAGUGCCAAUUGCCCACGUUGCUAUCCUCGGGAAGAGAAACAGGAUUUACCCGAGGAAACUGAAGAGGGUAAAGCAAAAAGUGAAGAAUUGAAGGAAAAUCUCGAGAAGAAAACACAACUGUUAGAAAAGGCAAAACUACUGCUUACUAGAGCAGCUGCUAAAGAGCGAUACUUGAAGGAGCAAAUUUCAUUACUAAGACGAAAAUGUUCAGAUUUGCAGAACGUACCUGUUAUCGACGAGAUCAGCGAGUAGAAUAAUUUCUUCAGCAAUGGCAAGCUGAUGGUUUUCUUCAUUUGGUUGAUAUUUCGUGGUUUGUUCACUCAUUCCAACAAUCACUAUUAUAUCGUACGAAUGUCACUUUCACUGAACGUGAUUUUAAUAAAACAUAAAUGACUG